AUGUUUUUCUCUCUCUGUCUCUCUCUCCUCUCUCUGUCUCUGUGUCUCUCUCUGUCUGUCUGUCUGUCUGUCUGUCUCUCUCUCUCUCUCUCUCUCUCUCUCUCUCUCUCUCUCUCUUUCGCGAUUUCACCCUGGCUCGUCUACUUUGAUGGGUGCGAGCAGAGUGAGUACAUGUCGAUGAAGAAAAGCAAGCUGCAAGACCAGUAUCAUCAAGCCGUUCCUGCCAAGAGUGAUAUCUUCCAGGGCCUCUUCAUGUACAUCAACGGGCGCACAGAUCCCCCAGCCGAGGACUUGCGAACCUUGAUCUUGGAACAUGGUGGCAGUCAUACCCUCUACUACUCUAUUACCCACGUGACCCAUGUCAUUGCCACCAACCUCUGCGGGGCCAAGAUCAAGGAUCUCAAGAAUAAGAAGAUUGUGACCCCGCAGUGGCUCUUGGAUAGCGUGCAAGCCGGAGCUCGGCUGCCCAUCGGACCGUAUCUAGUGUACCACCGCGAGGGCAUUAAUCAGCAGCGUCUCGACUUUGCUGCUGCUCCCACAACGGCCAAAACGACCCUGCACGGUUUGCACGAAGAUCCAAAUCAGCCGACCGAACCCUCCUCGCCGCCGCCGCUCGUGGGCGUGGUCUGCGAGCCGACAACAAUAUCCCCAGAGACCGUCCCGCAGGGGUCAAACUCUCCAUCGCCACCCCCUCGCCUGGCACCCACCUCGCCCGCGCCACCAGUGGCUGCAGCGACGCACACGGAUGCCAAUGAACCAAAGGGCGGGGAGCUGCGACGCUAUGGCCCCAUGGUCUCGGGCAACAAUCCCAACUUUAUCGAGCAGUACUAUGCCCAAUCACGGCUCCACCACCUGUCUACCUCUGGUGCCGAGGCCAAGGCCUACGUGCGACGCUUGCAGCGAGAAGCCGUGGCCGCGGGCCAGCAAUUAACUGCCUUUAGCACGGACUACACGCCGGGUCGGGUCAUCGUGCACAUUGACUUGGACGCGUUUUUUGUCUCCAUUGCUCUUCGAGAGCGGCAGGAGCUACAGGACCAACCGGUGGCGAUCGCCCAUUCGGGCCGCGAGGGCAGCAGUGAGAUCUCAUCUUGCAAUUACCCCGCUCGUCAAUUUGGCAUUCGCAACGGCAUGAGCAUGCGUCGUGCGCUGGCCGCUUGUCCCCAUCUCCAGACACUGCCCUAUGAAUUUGAUAAGUACAAGCUGGCCAGCCAGGCCUUUUAUCGACUCCUGACGGCACGCACGUUGCGAAUUCAAGCCGUCUCUAUGGACGAAGCGUACCUGGACCUCACGGGCCUUGUUCGCCCUGAUUACAGCCCCCAUCUCUGGCAGGCGGUCCAGCAACGACAGCACGAGGGUCACCCGCCUUUGUCGCCCGCACCAUUGCAGGAGGCAUCGCUGCCUGUCCCGACUCAAUCUGCCACCGAGUUUGUCGCUGAAUUGCGUACGGCCAUUGCAGAGGAACUUGGCAUUGCGGCCAGUGCUGGUAUUGGACCCAAUGUGUUGUUGGCCCGCUUGUGCACACGUCUAGCCAAGCCCAAUGGGCUCUACAGUUAUGCUGAAGCCAAUGUGGAGCGCUUUAUCGACCAGACGGCACUGAAAGAUCUACCUGGGGUUGGCUGGUGCACGGCAGGACGGCUGACCACCAUGGGCAUUGCCUCCUGCGCCGAUCUACGGGCUCUGCCCUUGGACCGGCUGCAAGCCGAUUUUGGUCACAAGAACGGGCAAGCCCUGUACAAUGCCUGUCGGGGCAUAGAUCCAUCCCCGCUCAAGGACAACGCCCCGCCCAAGUCGGUGUCCGUUGAGAUCACCUGGGGCGUGCGCUUCGACAAGGAUGCCCAGGUUGACACUUUUGUGAGCAACCUCUGCCGGGAGGUGUGCAGUCGCCUCGAGGCUGUAGGCCAGCUUGCCACUCGCGUGACGCUAAAGAUCAAGCAGCGCAAGCCCGAUGCCGGCGAUCCUCACAAGCGGCUCGGCCAUGGACCCUGCGACGAUCGCAACCGAUCAACUGCCCUACCCUCGCCGACUGACGAUCUGGCUACCAUCACGGCCACGUGCCUUGAAUUGACCCAUCUCUUGGCGGUGCCAGUUCUUGAUGUGCGAGCGUCGGCGACCGCCACGAGAACACCAGCUUCUGCCGCCGCUGCAAUGACGAUUGAUGCAUCAGUGCUGGCUGAACUGCCCGAGGAAAUUAGGAAGGAAUACGCACACCUGGUCCCGCCACAAGCAGCAGACUCGGACGAGCUGCUUGUCAUCGGGGCCACGCCGCCAGACGAAGAGCUGCUUCGUGUGAAUGGGCACAAUCGAACUGAACACACCGCCAUCAAGGAGGAUGAGGAUGAGGUGGACAGUAGCAUCGAAGUGUUGUCCAGCCGUGGCUGCGAUACGCCGGCCCCUGGCCGGGCUGCGGCGGCUGCCAUGCAGAGCGGUAUGGGGGAGGACCAUGCUGCAACACACACAGCCGUGCGUGGCCUGCCUUUGGUGCCCAGCGCCUCGCAGUCUAGCUUCAUCUCACCAUCACAAUGGAACGCCGAUGUGCUUUCCGAGCUUCCGCGAGAGCUGGUUCAACAGCUGAAGGAAGAGGCUUCUGCCGAGCGACGGCGGCGAGCAGAACGUGCUGCCGAAGCUCGUCGUAGCGAAGAGGUGCUUCGCACGCUGCAGGGGAGCGAGGGCAGUCCUCCACUGCCAGCUCGCAAGCGUGUGCAUGCUCUCGCAGACGGCGGUGGUGGCAGCGGGAUUCGCAUGGAUGUGAAUGCGGUGCCCUUGGCCGAGCAGCCGCUCGUGUCGCGUCGGCGCAAGACGCCCCAGCCUGCACUUCGAUCCACCUCGUUGGCGGCGCAAACUGGAGCAGCGGAGCCAGUGCGAGUGAUUGCACGGCCGCUGGCUUGGCGCCUUGGCUACAGCUCUCCCUCUCUGUGUUUCUCUCCCUCUCACAUGCCCCUCUACUUCCAAUCUCUCUCUCUCUCUCUCUCUCUCUCUCUCUGCGCGAAUGCGUCUGACAUUUUGUUCGAGAGGAGAAAAGAGAGAGAGAGCGCGCGCGCGCGCGGAGGACGACGACCAUGCUCGGUCAUCAUGUCGCUGGUUGCUGGUGCCAUCUUCAUGUUCACGGGCCCGGCUGUGAUCAUCAUCAACAAGAUGAUCCUGGUCGACUACGACUUUAACUAUCCAACUCUUCUCGCCAGCGUUGGCGGAUUCGCUAGUGCCGGCGUGGCAGGCAUCCUCCUCGUCUCGGGCAAGUCCAAACUGCAGCACGAGCAUGUGGUCGAUCGCCGCUUUUUCCUGACCAGCAUUCUUCCCGUCGCUGUUUUCGGUGGACUUGCUCUGACAACUGGCAACAUGUCCUACAGCUAUCUGACCGUCAGCUUUAUACAGAUGCUCAAGGCGCUCACCCCCGUUGCGACAAUGGUCCUGCUGACCUCGGCUGGUUUGCUCAAUCCCAAACCGCAAGCCAUGUAUGCAGUCUUUGCAAUGACGAUUUUUACAGCGGCAGCAGCAUACGGCGAGUUGAAUUUCAAUCUGGGUGGUUUCCUCGUCAUGACAGCCAGCGUGGGUUUGGAGUCGAGCAAAAUGCUAAUGACACAGAAGCUAUUUACGGGCAAGGUGGCCUUUUCCGUGGUCGAGUCGCAAUACUAUCUCGGUCUUCCCACUGGCGUGGUCCUGAUCGGUGUUGCCAUGUAUGAAGAGCUGCCACGCAUGUUCCAGUCUGGAGACUAUCAACGGUUGUCAGAACUGGGUAUGCCGCUGACGCUGAGCAUCCUGUUGACAUUGGCGGUCAUCUAUUCCUCUUUUUUUGUCAUCAAAGUGAUGAACAGUCUCAUGCUCAAGCUGUUGGCCGCGGUGCGCAACGCGCUUUUGGUGAUGUUUUGCGCCCUGGUGCUCGGAGAGCAAGUCUCCGCCUGGCAAGGCGUCUGCUACGUGGCCACGCUGAUCCCGAUUGUCCAGAUCGGCAUGUCCAUUGGCCCAAACCUCACGCAUCACUGGCCUAUCGUGAUGUGUGUGUGUGUGUGUGUGUGUGUGUGUGUGUGUGUGUGUGUGUGUGUGUGUGUGUGUGUGUGUGUGUGUGUGUGUGUGUGUGUGUGUGUGUGUGUGUGUGUGUGUGUGUGUGUGUGUGUGUGUGUGUGUGUGCCCUGCGAUAACCCGACCUCUACCCUGCCCCCGCUCAACCCGACAUCCCCAUUCUUGCCUGUUCCGAGCCGGAUUGUUUUUAGUUCCGAGUCUGCUGUUGCCACAUCUACAUGUUAG